AUGGUCGGUGGUGAUGAACGACGGAGGAUAACGACGACUCCAUUUCCACAUCUGAGAGAUCUGUUUAAAAUAGCAAUUGAUAACAAUAGAGAAAGCACAUUAGCUUCCAGUCAGUCAAAGAAAAAGAGAGCUUUGAAAGUAUAUGAGAAGAAGCGGAAUGUGAAGACAAAGACAUAUCGUACAAGAACAAGUUUACCAAAUGCAUAUGCUGGUGACUUCCUGCCUAUGUUAAUACCAUUCAUAGAGUUGAUGAAGGAUAUAGAUGGUGAUGAGAAUUGUGGUUUUAGAGCUAUUGCGGGUUUACUUGGUUUUGGAGAGAAUGACUGGGUGCAAUUUAGACGUGAUCUGCUACUUGAAUUGAAUAAUCACAGAGAUGAAUACGUUGUAUUAUAUGGGUCGCAUGAGAGGGUUGAGAAGCUGACACACAUCAUUUCAUAUUUUGAAGAUAGCCCAGGCUGUUGGAUGACUAUGCUUGACAUAGGGCAUCUUAUCGCAUCAUUUUAUAAUAUAGUCUUGUACCACUUGUCAUUACAACAGUGUCUCACUUUCUUACCUUUGAGAUCACCGCCAUUAACCCUAGCUUAUUGUCGUAAGAUUGCCAUCGGAUUUGUCAAUGAAAAUCAUUUUGUGCAGCCAUUUUUGGAGAUCGGUCAUCCAGUUCCUCCCAUUGCCGUGCUUUGGCAAGUUCACAAUCACCCUUGUGCAUCGAAAUGGGAAAAUACAUAUGUUAGACGCAUUAAAAAAUUCAAAGACAACAUAGGACCUAAUAUUGCUACUCGAGAGACAUUUUAUGUUGUUGACAUAGAUUGA